AUGUUUAAUGCAUGCAAAGCCAACAACAGUUGUUGCCAGGAAGAAAGCGAUGAAGCGAAUAAAUUUGUGGGUAAAGGAAAUCAAGACCCGAUUGUUCAACACGUAGUGAAAGAGAAUGAGGAUUUUAAGAAAAUAAUAGAGGGAGAACCAGACCUUUCCAAGGCAGUUGAAAUUAGCCAACACACCAAGAGGGAAUAUGUUGCCAUAACUGCCUACCAACCUGUUGAUGUCGUGACGAGAACAGUUGAAGUGCCUUUUGUGAGAACCAUAGAAACUACAAUCCCGAAAAUAAGAUACGAGAAUAAAAUAAGAGAGGUUCCCAAGUAUUACUCCAAAAUUGUGGAAAAGGUGGUAGAAGUCCCAGAGGUAAAAUUCGUAGACAAAAUUGUGGACGUACCUCGAAUUCAAUAUUGCUUCAAGUAUGUGCCGAAGGUGGAAGUGAAGGAAAACAUAAUACAGAGACCAGUUUUUCAAAAAAAAAUUGUAGAAAAAAUUGUGGAAGUUCCAAAAGUCAAGGAGAUGCAGAGGUUUCAAGAGGUCGAAACGGUCGAAUAUGUCAUAAAGUAUGUUCCAAAGGGUUCCACGGGAGGAAGAAAAAAAUCCAAGAAUCAGAGGGAAGAUAGUGCAGAUCAGAAGGUAGAUGAUACAAAUGGAGAGAAGGAAGAUGGCAAGAAUGAAGAUGGCGAAAAUGAAGAUGGCGAAAAUGAAGAUGGCGAAAAUGAAGAUGGCGAAGUGGACAGGGUCGAAAUGAAGGAAAGGAGUGAAGGAGAGAAAAAGGAAAAUAAGGAGAGGGUAGAUUAUAAUUCCGAAUUUUACGAACGGAAAUAUUACAAUGAAGGAUCGAAACUGGUUAGCAAUGUGCCAAUGGAACUUAACCAGCCUGAAUUUUUACAACAGACAAUGUCUAUUGGCAAAGAGAAAAUGUUUCCUUACAUAUUCAGUAGAUCUAUGCAAGGAGCAACACCAUGGGGUGGUUAUCCAAUUGGAGGAGAAGUACAGGAAGAAGGGAUAGGAAUUCCCUCUUUUGGCUUGAGAAAUGAGUUAUCAAUGAUGCAAUUGAAAGAGAAAAGUGCUUCAAUGCUGCCAACACCAAGAAUUGAACAAGUAUUUAAACCUAAGAUUGUGAAAAAUAUAGAGGUUCAGAAGCAUGUCCCUAUUUCUGUCGAUGUACCAGUUCCUUAUAUGGUUCCCAAACCAGUAGUUGUUAAUGUAGAGGUACCUGUUUUGAAAUUUAGAGAUACUUUUGUGCCUGUGCCGAUUAGGAGAAAAAUAAUACCAAAAAUAAAAUGGAUUUCAGAUGUUUAUUAUGUCGAAUGUAUUAAAGAGAAACCAUAUUUGAAAAUUCAAGAUAUCAUAAAACCAAUUCCGUGUGAUGUGCAAAUUAAGUACAGGAAAUACAUGGAAAAGGCGUGUGCUGUAAACCCAAAUGAGUUACCACAAGACGAUGUUCAUGCUAUGUGGAUGCGUGUCAAUGCACACCUUGCUGAACAGAAGAAGCGGGAGUAUGGAGACUUGUAUCCUUAUUAUCGAGCUGAAGGCGAACAUGACACAAGCAGCUCCAGCAAAGACGAACAGGAUGGAAGUGUAAACUCAGAAUAUUCGGACGAGGGAGAAACGUAUGCAAGUGAAGCCAUGAAAGAAGUUUCUAAAGAUGAAAGGGAAAUCUCAGGCGUGGUAAGUAAAGAUGUAGAAGAGGGGGAUCAACAAGAAGAAUCUAAAGGGUUUGAAGAAGAUAUUGAAAAUGACCAACUUGAAAUGAAUAGGCAGGUCGAAAUGAAUAGGCAAGUCGAAAUGAGUAGGCAGAUCGAAAUGAAUACACAAGUCGAAAUGAAUAGGGAAGUCGAAAUGAAUAGGCAAGUUGAAAUGAAUAGACAAGUCGAAAUGAGUAGGAAAAGCGAAUCUAUUACCCCCAAUGUUGAAGACAUGCAAAAUGAGGUGAUCAUACAGAAGGGAGAAAUGAUGAAUAUACAAAAGAGAGUAAAUAGAGAACUUCACUUAACAGAACUGGAGAGAAGGAGACAUUUGGAUGGAGGGGAAAAGGUAAAUGUAGAGCAGAAUAUCUUCUGUUCAUAUGAAGAACUGAAAAAUUUUAAGGAAUUGUCGCGUCCUGAGGAGACGCAGAAAGAAAGGAGAUGCUACAAUUUGUGUUGCAAAAAUGCAAAUGAUCACAGUAGUGCAUCUUGUAAUGAAAACAAAUAUAAUUUCGAAUGUGCUGAUGAAUUUAUGGACGAAAUGAAAAAACAAGAUUGCUUGGUAGAAGAACCCAUUGCAUCAUUGUACCCAUCGCACCCGCUAGCUAUGACAUAUUUGCAGAAUAAAUGGAUUCAGUCAGAUACACUGAGAACACAUGAACUUUACAAUGAUAACUUUGUUAGAGCAAGUAUUAAUGCAAAUUUCAAUCUGCAAAAUGAAAACCCUGUUAUGUCUGAAAUUAUGCGUAACGCAGAGUUUAUAAAAACAGCAAAUCCAAUAAUAUCGCCUUUCAUCCCAAGGAACAUGAAAAAUUUAGAAAAUACUUACAACAGAGUUAUUGUUCAGAACAUUCAGGAGGAAAAUAUGAAAUGUCAAGGACAUAACAUGUAUGUGCAAAAGGUAAAUGCUCCAGUGGGAGAUACAGAAGUGCAGGCAUAUGAACGCAUGAACAAGAAUCCUAAUGGACAGGCAUCCGAUUCAAGGGAUAAGUGGUGUGGCUAUUCAUGCAAAAAUUGA